UGAGGCGACGGAAAGGCGCGGGCGCGCAGGACCGGGCCCCCCCGAGUAGCUCGUUUUCUAACGGGAAGAAGUCACCGCGUACGGCCGGUGCUGCAGGCUAGCUACCGGCUUGGCUGACCAUGGCCCUUUCUGUGGAGACCGAAUCACACAUCUACAGAGUUCUACGCAUUGCCUCUGGAGCUGCUGCCCACCUUGUGGCCUUGGGCUUCACCAUCUUUGUGGCUGUACUUGCCAGACCUGGCUCCAGUUUGUUCUCCUGGCACCCUGUGCUUAUGUCUCUGGCUUUCUCUUUCCUGAUGACUGAGGCCCUGCUGGUCUUUUCUCCUGAGAGUUCACUGCUGCGCUCCCUCUCGAGGAAGGGCCGAACACGCUAUCACUGGGUACUGCAGCUGCUGGCCCUGCUGUGUGCACUGCUGGGUCUGGGACUUGUCGUCCUCCACAAGGAACAGCAGGGAAAAGCCCACUUGGCCACUUGGCAUGGGCGGGCAGGGCUGCUAGCUGUGCUGUGGGCUGGGCUGCAGUGCUCAGGUGGGGUGGGACUACUCUACCCCAAAUUGUUACCCCGAUGGCCCCUGGCCAAGCUGAAGCUGUAUCAUGCCACUUCUGGUCUAGUGUGCUACCUCUUGGGUAGUUCCAGCCUCCUGUUGGGCAUGUGCUCACUCUGGUUCACUGCCACAGUCACUGGUGGGUUUUGGUACCUGGCUGUGCUCUGCCCCAUUAUUACAAGUUUGGUCAUCAUGAACCAAGUGAGCAAUGCCUACUUGUACCGCAAAAGGAUCCAGCCAUAAUCUUCCCAGUUUAGGGAAACCUGGGUUUGCUCCAGUUGGGGCUGGACUCUCUUAGUUGACUAGGUCAAAGGGCCACCUGGUCAUUGGAGCAAUCAGAGUAGUAGUCCUGUGUGCAACGUUCUUACUUCUUCCCGAGUGCUUCCCCCUUCCUUCUCUCUCCUUUUUCAGAGCAGCAUAUAUAUGUGU